AUGGGUGAUCAGUGUACUUUGCGUCUGAUCCGGGAGCUGAGACAGGUCGAGCGAAGUGACCAGCUUGCCUUCACCGUCCGCUACGAUGAAGGUAACAUGCGUGAUAUCCAAGCCAUCAUCCUUGGGCCUCCAGGUACCCCGUAUGAGCUUGGAUUCUUUGAGUUCUCGAUCAAGGUUCCAUCAGCCAAUCCACCCAGCGUGAAGAUCAAGACGACCAACAAGGGCCGAACUCGAUUUGGGCCCAAUCUUUAUUCCAACGGAAAAGUCUGCUUGUCCAUCUUGGGAACAUGGCAUGGGGAUCGCGGAGAGCAGUGGUCGCCUGCCCAGGGGCUCGAAUCAGUGCUCCUUUCGAUCCAAAGCCUGCUAUCACCAAACCCAUACACGCUUGAACCGGGAUUUGAACAGCCGGGAAGAGCCAAUGAUACCGAGAAUAUGGAAACAUACAAGUCAAAGAUUCGACACGAGAGCCUCCGACUGGCAGUGAUAGCACCUCUCGAGCGGGCAUUUGCAAAUUCGUCCCACCCUGAGCGAGGGCAGAUCGGGUUUCUCCCAAAGUCUGAUGAUGAUGAUGCAGAAAGUGACCCAGAUGGUGCGAUUCAGCUUCCAUUUUCCACGAAAUUUGACGAGUUUUACAAACGACGAUUGCUCUGGUAUCUUGAACAUUACCAAAUCGCCAUUGAGAAGGGUAUCGCCGAUGAAGCGAGAAGAUCGGGCGAACCCUUCAUCUCCAUGCCCUUUGAAGGCCACGGCAACAUUAUGUCAGGAGAGUGGGACUAUAUCAGUUUGAAAAACCGGCUCUCAAAGCUCCGAGACAAGGUGAUUGAGGAAACUCACCAAUGGCCAGCAGAGGGCAUGGCUUUGGUCAAAGCAGAUGCCGGUCUUGCAGUCAAGUUGGCAGGUCGGCAUGAGCAGAUCGUCGCCGAACUGAGUGACCAUUCUCAGAUUGUCGAUAUAUCACUGGUUGACAAAAAUCCCUUCCUUUGGCAGCUGACUUACGUCGGCCGCACUGAAUCAAAGCUAGAAGGUGGCAUCAUCAAGCUGAGGAUCUACAUUAGCCCGAGACAUCCUGAAGAACAACCGCGUGUGUUUGUUGAGUCGCCGAUUUAUCACAUCCGUGUGUCGAAGCUGGGCGUGUUGAUGUAUCUGCCGUCCUACGACGAAGACAUUCGCCAUCAUAUCGACGGAAUGAUAAGCACUUUGGACGACGACAACCCUCCAUUCAACCCGCUAAUGACGGUGCACCCGGAGGCAUCUGCACUCUGCUGGGGAUCUGAACUUGAGCGCAGGCUCUACAGGCGCAAGCUCCGGUCGUCACUAGAAGAAACGUGA